AUGGUAAGAAAUAUUGUUUAAUAUCUUUGACCUGUUUUGUUUAAAAAAAUUCUAGUUCAAACUUAUGUUCAUGACUGUGAAAACUCAAAAUAUGUUUCAGGAACUUCCACCAAGACUUGUAGAUCUCGCAGGAAUCAGAACUUUGUUUCCAACGGCUGUUCAUGAACAAAAUGGACGAAUCAAUCAUCUAAACUAUAGUGAAGACGGGAAUUUACUUAUAACAUCAGACGAUAACGAUUGUAUGACAGUUUAUGACAUACAGACUGGGACUUUGAAUAGAACGGUAUGUUUUUUGUAUUUAUUUUAUUUUGGUUUUAGAUAAACAGUAAAAAGUAUGGUGUGAAUCUUGUACAUUUCGUCAGAGGAACCAAAGAUGUGAUUAGUGCUUCGACCAAAGUUGACAGUAAGUACGCUUGACGUUUUUUGUAGCUUGUGGGAUUAAGUUACGGGUUUCUAAAGCCUUUGUGAUAUGAUAUGCUUAUUUGUCUAAUUGUCAACUAUAAAAUUGCUUUUCAGACACAAUAAGGUACCUUUCCUUGUCUAAUAACCAAUAUCUUCGUUAUUUCGUUGGUCACUCGAAAAAGUAAGUUGAUUUUGGCAUGUCUGUGGAAAAAUCAAAGUUUAUGUUUGAUUAAAAAUAUUUCAGAGUUGUGACAUUAUGUAUGAACCCGACAGAAGAAAUGUUUUUAUCUGGAGCUCUUGACAAUACAGUAAGGUUAUGGGAUCUACGGGUAUCUACUUGUCAGGUAUUUUUUUUAAAUUCGACUUUUAGGUAAUAUUUAGUGAAGAAGUAAUUUUUCUUGGUUACAUUGAUGUAAAAAAUAUUUUUCUCAAACAGUAUGUUAAUAUAAAGUUGUAUGUUUUUGAAAAACGAUGAUUAAAGACAAAUUUCUAACCUUUUCUCUUUUUAUAGGGUGUCAUGAACCUGCCAUCUCGACCAAUCGUAGCUUUCGAUCCAGAUGGUUUAAUCUUUGCUGCUGGCAUUAACUCGGAAACAAUUAAGUUGUAUGAUCUAAAAACUUUCGAUAAAGGUCCAUUUGCUACAUUUAAUGUAAAACCGGAUGAUGAGUUCAAUUUUGAAUGGACAAACAUGACUUUUUCACCUGAUGGACAAACGAUAUUAAUAUCUACAAAUGGGGAAAUGUUGAGGGUGGUGAACUCAUUUACUGGCAAACUACAGGCGACUUUAAUUGGACAUGAGAAUAAAGAGGUUAGUUGGGUGAGGGUAGUAUAAGGGGUCAAAUUGAAUUUUUUAAAGGUUUUGAUAUUUAUAGAAAUCAUUGGGCAGUCGAGGCGUUGUAUACUCUUUUAGAUAAAUAAUUACUUGUUAAAGUAAAUUUAUGGCAAAUUUAUGAUGUUUCCUUUUAGAAGCUCUCACUAAACGGUUGUUUCUCUCCUGAUUCCAAAUUUGUAUUUUGUGGUGGAUCAGAUGGUCAACUAACUGCUUGGGAUCGAGACACAGGAGAGGUUGUACAACAAUACAAAACUAACGAUAAUGACAGCAUCGAACAAUGUCUCUUCAACCACAAGUACUACAUUUUAGCUACUGGAUCCAAGAAAUUGAGUCUGUGGAAUCCGGAAUGA